ACGUUCUUGAAUGCGUAGCGCCUCCGAACCGCAGGCAUUUGACUGUUUACACUCUCGGAGAGAAGAUGGCGACGGAGACGAAGGUGAUAUACCACAUCGACGAGCAGGAAACUCCUUACCUUGUCAAGCUGAACCAGAAUCCUGAUGAAGUGAAGUUAAGAGACCUAAAGGAGGCUCUCAAUCGGCCAAAUUAUAAGUUCUUUUUCAAGUCGAUGGACGAGGAUUUCGGUGUGGUGAAAGAAGAAGUCACAAGCGACGAGGCUUCACUCCCUUGUGUAAACGGCAGAGUCGUUGCUUGGCUCGUGUCUGGAGACAGUUCGAGCGAGAAGGGUUCCGACAAGGUUGUCAAGACUGACUCGAGGAGCCAUGAAGAGGUAGAACUGGAAAGCUCAAGAAAUCGACAGGGCGGCCACAGAAGGAGAGAUGCUCGAAACCAGAGAGAUGGUCGUCGAUACAGAGAUCAAGCCAGUGUGUACACCGAUGAAAGUUGUAGUAUCUACACGACCGAAACCGAGAACAGCAGCUACCUGGAUUCAGCUGAUGAUGCAACAAGUUGUUACACGUCUGAUACAUACAUGACGUCGAGUACACACACAGGACACUCGCACCACAGCUCCAGACGACAUGGCAGACGACGCCAUCAUCAUUCAAUGCACAGAGCACCGUCUUAUAGCAGCGUUAGCAGCUCCACAAUGUCAAUGCCAAUUGUGACUAUCCAUCUAUCGAUGGAGAAAACCAAGUUCCUUGGGAUUAGUAUUGUUGGCCAAGCCAAUCGGACUGGCGAUGGAGGCAUCUAUGUGGGCUCUGUCAUGAAGGGAGGAGCAGUAGCCGAGGAUGGAACCAUUCAAGCAGGCGAUAUGAUUCUUCAGGUUGGUGAUGUGAGCUUUGAGAAUAUGAGCAAUGACGAUGCCGUUCGUGUGCUACGAGAGACUGUGCAUAAGCCAGGGCCACUGAAGCUGAUUGUUGCAAAAUGUUGGGAUCCAGAUCCGCAACCAUUUUUUGAGCCUAGAACGGAUCCGAUUAGACCGAUUGAUCCAUCUGCUUGGGUGCAACACACACAGCUUGCACGACAGGAUUUACUCCAUCCUAUGGGUAACAGUCCAACUAUGAGCUCCAUGACGACAUCGAGCUCCUCCUUCUCAAACUCCCUGCCCGAGUCAGACCGUGGGAUGGACUACACGGGACCAAAGCUACCAGAGUCUACACCUGCACCAGUUGUUGUACAAAAAAUGUCAUUACCCGAGUCAGGGCUUGAGGUCAGAGAUCGAUUGUGGCUGAAGAUGACAAUUCCAAAGGCGUUUACCGGCUCUGAUGUGGUCGACUGGCUGUAUAAACGUGUGGAGGGGUUCAAGGAGAGACGUGAAGCCAGGAAGUAUGCGUCUCAGUUGCUCAAGAUGGGCCUCAUUAAACACACAGUCAACAAGAUCACCUUUUCGGAGCAAUGCUACUAUAUAUUUGGUGACAUCCCAACAAACAGUAUGGCUGGAUUGCGGCUCAACGAGGAAGGAGAAACUGACACCCUUGGUCCUCUACCCGGUGCCAUGCCAUGGGGAAUGUCUGCACCUGUUGGACCCGUGGGCAAUGCUGUUCCUCCGGGACGAUACCAACUCCCUCAGUACUUGGCGUACACAACAAAUGGAUCACAACCACAGGGUACCUACUCGAGUGCGAGCCGAGCAUACUCACAGACGACGUCAGGAAGUGGGUCGGGAUCAAGCCACAGUGCUGAUGAUAAGAAUAAGAAAAAGGGUAAAGACAAGCGGUCGUUCCUUCCGGAGAGCGAUCAGCUAUCGCAGUACACGAACGACACACUGACUGAUACGGCAAGCAUCAUCUCGUCUCUCGUCAUUCCUCGACAAUUUCAGAAGGAGGGAAGUAUCAUUAGCGGACGAGAGAGUGUGAGAGAAGCGGGAGAGAAUCCAUGCGAGUUAUUUGUGGACGUGAUGUAACUUAAGACACAAUGUAGCGAUGAGUAACAGUAAGUUGAACAGAUGUACAUCACCGUCUUCACUUUGGAUGGAGUGCAUGCAUGUCUGUGUACAUAUUGUGGGUAUAUUCAGCUUGUGCGCGGAUGCAUCGGGCUGUAAGUUGCAGAUUAGAUGUGAAGAGUUUACAUAAACA